GAUGAAAUCCAGGGGAAUUAAGCAUGUCUGAGCUAGAAUGACUCACCAGAGUUUUCGCCCAGAAGAUACAAAAUCUUAUUGGAGUGCACAUUGAUGUUCCAGCACCUUAUAUGGGAACAAAUCCACAAGAAGAGAAGAUGCCGCACAGGAAAUUUGAGCAUCCCUUGCAUGGGUCCCUUGGAUUUCUCCCACGGAAGCGUACUGCUCGUCACAAGGGAAAAGUGAGAGAGAGCUUGCGAGCUUCCAAGAAAGAGUUCAAUAAGAUAGAAGACGAGUUGAAGUUGCUUCAGAGCAUUGGGCAGAUAAUCGGAGAAGUUCUCAGGCCUCUUGACAAUGAGCGACGUAAUUACUCAUUUCUUUUGUUCUUUAUUUCCAUUUUUUUUUGGGGGGGGAGGGUGGUUCUGGAAAUUGUUUGUGAAAUCAUUUUAGUGAUUGUUAAAGCAAGCAGUGGACCCAGAUAUAUAGUUGGUUGCCUGUAG